AUAAAAAAAUAGCAUCAAUGCUUCUAUUUGUGAUUGUUUGCAUCCUGUGCUUACAUUAUCUUUUUGUAAAGAAAGACACAAUAAUGACAUUUGGAGGCUGUAGUCGAGCCGUUAAUGUAAACCAAUACAAAAUCGUCAAAAAAUGGGCUUUGCUUAAACUAAUUUAUGUUUGUUUUAAAAACGGUGUUUAUUUAAAGGGAAGCAAAUCAAACUAUGAUUUUCUUAAACAUAGUUUAAUGAAUUUCAAUUGCUCGAAAUCGCUUCGGUUUCUCAGCGCUCCAAGAUCACUUGUUGCCUUGGCAAGCUAUCCAGGGUCAGGGAAUACCUGGACGCGACAAUUGAUAGAGACAACAACAGGAUAUUUUACAGGCAGUGUAUAUACAGACUGGAACUUUGUCGGAUCAAAAGAGUGCCCAAGUCGAGGAAGGGUAUUCAUUGUAAAAACACACAAAACAUCCAACAGUUCGACCAGCCAUAGGGACUGUACGAGCCUUUCUAUAUCUACACUUCACUUUGCUAGUUUUAUAUGUAUUCUACGAAAUCCAUAUUAUGCCAUUCUUGCAGAAUUUAACAGACAAAAUAGAGUAAGAUCACCUAAGAAUGCACCAUUAAGCCCACGACAAUGGGUUGCAUCUAAACAAAUGUUCACAGCAGAAAGAUGGAGUAAAUUUGUACCCAAGGAAGUCAAUAAAUGGAUGAAAAUGGCUCUGUAUUGGAUAGGAAACAAAAGUAAAUCGAAAUAUGUGCUUGUUUAUGAAAGACUGUUAGAUAACACAUUUCUUGAAUUGUCUCAUUUGAUGGUAUUUUUAAACAUCACAAUUCAAUACCAUUCCUUAUACUGUGUGACUAGUAAUGUCACGAGAUCAUUUAAAAGGAUUAUUCCACAAUGGAUGACAAUCAAUAAUGUUUACAGUAACGAGUUGAGAAAAAUUGUAAACAAAGCUGUCCAAACUGUCAGAAAUGGUAUAGACUCAAAAUGGAAUCUUAACGGCGUUUUGAAUUCCUAUUUUCUACCAAUAGAUCAUUCAUCAAGUUAGAUGCAUCAAGUUAGAAAACGACACUCUCAUACGGUGGUGAUGCUUUUAAUUAUGAAUAAUACGUUUAAGUCAUAUAGGUUAGGCUAAUACUGGUAAGAAUUUGAUUUUAAUCAUUGCUUUUUACUAUAAUGUUUAAACGUCCUAUGUUUUUAUGCCAUUAUUUUGAUUUAAUAACAGAUAAACGAACUUUGUUUCGUUGAUUAAAAAUUUAAAUGAAAAACUAGACCUACCAUAUUCAGUAUUUGUCCCUUAGCUUUAACAACUUGCAAGAAAACUGAAGCCAGACCGGCAAACAAUAAGGCUGUUCUAACGUUCAACAAGAAGCUCAUCACAAUAUUUUAAAGAUUUUUUUAAGGGGGGAGCC